AUGUUAUAUCCAACAGGCCUUUUACUAGUAUUGAUUACACUCGCUUUUGCCGAGAACAAUGUUUUAUUUCGCCGAUCAACGUUUGAAGAAAAUGUUCAUGAAACGGAAAAUAUCGCGAUGAUCAGUUGCCUUCAUAAUUGCAAAUUUGAGUUUUCCUUCAACGAUUCAGUGACAGUACCAUCAAGUUGUAGAAGUUAUUUGAGAUCGACGAAAUGUACCAUGAUACUGGAGAUGGACUAUAUGGAAAACUCAGGUUCUGUCACGUUUGAUCUUGAUGAUACAACAGAUAUCGAUUUCAAUUCAAGUAUUGCGGUAAAUGCUAAGUUUAGUUUUGAACCAACUAUUACAAGAAAAUCAGUAUGGUCGUAUGAGUGUGCAACAGGUAAUGAAUGUAAUGCCAAAUAUUUCAAGAAAUAUAUUUCACACUAUAUGAACUUAACAAAGGAAUUAGAAACUUUACAAUUUCAUCUUUCUGACGUACUUUAUGCGAAUAACAAAUCAAAAACUGUAGAACAAUGCUUCAACAAACAAACUACAUUAGAAAGUUGUAACGAUGGUACUUGUAUGCUUUCAUGGAAUGACAGUCAAAAUUCAACUACAACUUAUACCUGUCAAUCUACUAAAAAUCCUGUUCACAUUAAUUAUCAAGUGGUUAAAACAGAUCCAAUUAUUACCGCACCUUCAGUUUCGAAUUCAAUUCAAUACGUAUGUAAUAUCGACAAAUGCAAUUCGUAUGAAGGUAGUUUGGCUGUCAGAUUGGCAGUUGCAGUACACUGGGGUGGAGUAUUAGAUACAAAUUCUGCAUCAAUACGUCUAUUUAACGUUUCACUUCUUUUAUUAACUUUGAUAAAAUUUUUCAUUUAA